AAGCAUUACACUUUUUGAAACUCUAUGCCCUUAUCAUCUGUUCUGAUUGUCGGCGCUGGACCCGCUGGUCUUUCUUUGGCUCAAUACCUCAAGACACAUGGGAUUCCCUACCGCAUUGUUGAAAAGUCGAACGGUGACCGCCUCCAAGGCUACUCAGUGUCUCUCCACUUUGCUUUCGAACACCUUACUAAAGCAAUGGGCGAAGAAAAAAUGAAGUCCAUCGUUGAAAAGACUUCAGUCAAUUACCGUGACGAAACAGCUUUCGCUACGGUCGAUCACCUUGGCAACCCAGUCAUGAAAUCCAAUGGAUCACCUACCCUGAUUGGAUAUGGCAUCCGUGCCAACCGAAGUAGACUGAGAAAAUUCCUCCUGGAUGGUAUUGAUGUCGAGAUGGAUGUUGAUGCCACCGGCGUUGUCUUCACCGACGAUGGCCCUGUGCUCAAGACAAACAAAGGCGAUAUGUUAGCGGAUGUGAUUGUGGGAGCGGAUGGUCUUCACAGUGCUGUACGAACAAGUGUCAUUGGCGAUAAAGUGGAAGAGACCAAUAUUGUCAACCUCAGUACUUCAAGAAAUAUCUCAGCUGAAGAACACGCAGAGUUCAUCAAGUACAGCCCAACGCACGCCAUGAUGUAUGGCGAGAAGAAAGACGGCCAAGAAGGUGUGGUGAAUCUAUUCUAUGGCGUCAAUGAUAUAUCACCCGACAAGAAGACAGUCAAUGUUCGAUGGGUUCUCUCUUGGGACAAAACUGCCAUCUACAAGGAUAUUCCAGAUACUCAAGACGGACUCCGUAAGUUAGCUAACGAAAUGACCGAGGAGUUUGCUGAUCCAUUCAAGUCGCUUGUACAAGACACCGAUCCAAGUGAAAAAUACUGGGUGGGAAUGAUCAGUCAAUACAUGCCUGAUCCGUCUUGGAACGGGGAAGGACAAAUAACCUUGGUGGGCGAUGCUAUGCAUGCAAUGACACCGUAUCGAGGUGAAGGCUUGAACCACGCUAUUCUGGAUGUUACUCGGCUCGGAGAACAGCUUGUCAAGGCACACCAAGGCGAGCAGACAACGGCAGAAGCCAUUGCUAUUUAUGAAGAGGAGGCCAUCGUACGUGGUCGAAAGGCAGUGCAAGCCAGCUUAGAUAUGGCCACCUCUGUUCAUCGUGGUUUUACCUGGCCAUUUGUGAUACUUGCCAGAUCGAUCAGUUUCAUGCUCAAUUUCACUCAAAAUAUCCCUUUCUUAGAGUUUUUCUUCCCUAAGACGCACUAAUUUUUCACUCUUUG